CAACACUUUUUAAACAGCUGUUUGCUUAGCGGCUUGUGUUAUUCGCAAAUCUUUUGUUUCCCAGAUAAAGAAUUAAGAAAAAAAUUAAAUCCCUAGUUAUUUAUGGCCGAAUCAAGUAGUGCUGCUGCCGAGGCUGGUGGCGAGGAUAAAAAGCUGUCCGACAUCUUUUUGAGUGGCUGGAAUCUUCUCGAUGAACUCGAAGUUUCGGAGUUGCCUUUCAAUGGCACCGAAUUUCAGAACAAGGUAAAGACUGCCAUGGGGUUUUUCGAAGAGGCAACCGUAAUCGUUAACCAAGUGAGCAUGUUCAGUCCUAACGAGCUGAUCGACGAGGUCUCAACGGACUCGCUGCCUUUUAUGCUGCUUCCCUACUUCCUUGGCAAGCUGAACACCAAGAUCAAUAAUCCGCACAGCACUGAGGCCCUAGACCUCGGUGAAAUAUAUUUUAAAGACCACCUACAGCGAUGCCAGGAGUAUGAGCUCUGUGAGGCCCCUAAAUCUAAAGUAGCUGCGCCCGAUAGCCAAGCGGCCGGGAAGAGCGAACAGCGGGAACUCAUGGAAGCAGCAUUCAAUCGGAAUGACAAAAUCGCUCAGUAUCGUAAAAUGAAGGAGAUAGAUGAGUACAUGGCCAAGAUGCGGGAGGCUGUAAAGAACAAAACGGCUGAUGACGAAGUCAGACGAGAGUUCUUCCUUAAAUAUUUAGAUAAGAGCAUCAUGGACUCUAAGCAGGAGCUGGAGUCUUUACAUAUGAUGAAGGAACUGGCUAAAAUGCGUUUAGCCCGUCUGGCCGGCGGAGAAGCAGAUACCGCAGUUGCACCCUCACGUCGCUUUACCAAUCCCUCCUCACCAUCCACUUCUCAUGGUCAUGGACAUAGCCAUGGACCCGGACAUCAUCACCAUCAUCAAGCCCCUAAACCUAAGCCCCUGCAGCCAUUUAUCAUUACCCGAAAUGCAACACAGAAGGCUGUAUUCGGUCUGGGCUAUCCCAGUUUGCCCAUCAUGACCGUGGACGAGUUUUACCAGCAGCGCGUGGACGAAGGAAUAUUCCCCGACGAAGAAAAGGUGGCCAAAAUGAACCAGGCACAGGCAAUAGCUGCAGCCCGUGAUCCAAACGAGCAAGAGGACGAAGAAAAGGCUGCCGAGGAGCAGCAGGUGGAAGAGGAUGACCCAGAGUAUUUGGCCCGUAUGAGGCGAAUGGACGAGUACAAGGAUGUGGUUCGUCGCGGAGAUGGAAACCGUCAUAAUCGUAGCUAAGA